AUGUUCGGACUUUGUGUCUUUUUUGCGUUCGUGCUUACCGUCGUAUGCGAUGUUGAUGUUGUCGUGGAGACCGAGACCCCUACUGGUCUUGGCCUUGAGCCAGGGAGACUCGUGGAGAACUACUUGAGGACACAUAGUGACGGAUCUUUGAAAGGGGUUGAAUACAAAGUUAACUUGGAGGAUAAGGUCAAGAAAUACCUGAAAUGUACGUGGCAGCCUGUAGGCCAUGAGCUAUCCUUUGAAAAUCCCGCUGCCGAAUGUAAAGAAGAAUACCUUGGAAGUGCAACGCUACUGUACGGCAUCUGGAAUGGAAAAGUUGAAUCGCCGGAGGAAAUCGUGAAUAAUGUAAAAAAUUACUGGAACAAAGAUGGAGAUGAUGGUGGUGAAGAAGAAUUGAACGCGGCGAUUGAAGAAGCAAAGGUCAAAGGUGCAAAAAGUGUCGGCUGUGCAUUCUAUUAUCUCUCAAAGGGCGUGUUCUACUACGAGGACGGAGAGGGAGACGGGAACAAAGAGAGCGCGAUAGGAGAUUUGGCCGAAGAUCUAAAUAAAGAUUGCAGUCCAAACUAUAUACAAGAAAAUCAGUUCGACAGAGAAAAUUAUCUCGAACAUCCACGACGAAAAUACACGGGCAUUCUUUCACCUUAUAUUUACCAGACUCCAAUAGAUAUGGUGUAUGAAGGCUUAAUCAGCGGCACUGUGUUUUAUAAGUGCCUUAAAAAUAGUCGCUGA